CUUGUUCGUAGGACAUAAUUUUUCGUGGGGCCCUGGCUCUUGCCUCCCUCAUUGGUCUCUAUAGCACUUUGGUAAACGAUACGACAGCCAUGUUGACGUUGAGUGUGGCACCUGUGGUUCGUCUUGCGCUGAGGGCUCCACUGAAGCCCUCAGUAUUGCUUGGACUGAGAUUCCAAUCCCGCGUGAACAGCAGAUCACCGUCUUCAUCUUCCACGCCAGCUGCCACGCCAGCUUCCACGCCAGCGUCGCCGUUGGCGCCUAGGAACACUUCCUUCAACAAGACGAUCCCUGGUGAAACUGAGCAGUCCAACUCGCUGAGCUCGAGAUUGCCCUCGUGGCCGUUGAGCUCCAAGAGCACGCUGUUGCCGAAGCCCGGGGUUCCAACCUCGCAGACCACGUCACUGCGUUCCAUGAUGGAGAUCCUCAACAAGAAGCACGAGCCUGAGUUGAUCUAUGAAGCUGAAACACACAAGAUAUACUUCCUCAUCUGCGGGUCUCUGGCGGUGAUGUUCACGAUCUACGGGCUGACGUUUGUAGACUGGGGGUUCAGAGCAGUUUGGGACCUGUACCAGGAGGAUGACGAUUUGACAAUGUUCGUCGCAAGAAUGGGGAUGUGUGUGGCGAUCAUGAGCGUUGCGAUGGGUAUGAUGACGCUGGCGUUGAAGUUUCCGACGAGACUGGUGAGAAGAAUGUGGAUUGUCCCCGGCACUAAGGAAAAGUUCAUCAGGUUCACUACGCAUCCAAUGCUGCCUGGGUCCGUGACACCUGUGUAUACCAUCCCAUUGAGACAGCUGCUGAGAAGUCACAAGUCGAAAAUCUUCACUAAGAAUGGUAUCUAUGGGACACUGGACAAGUCCACCUUCUUCUUCCUGUUGAAAGAGACGGAUAAGAAGUUUGGCUAUUGGAUCGUUGACAGAAACGGAUGGUUCUGGGGAGAUGGUCGUGUGUUUGAUAUUCUGUUUGGUAAGGAAACCUUGGAGGAGGCUGCGAAGGGUCAGACAUAUGACGAUAAGCUGAAAAAAGUCAAUGAUAAGUUGACAGAGGAGAGAAACAAGCUGAGAGAUGAGCAUGGAACCCUAUGGCAGGUUAAGACUUCUGGGAAGAUGUUCCAGAAGGAUUUGAAGAAGGUUGUUGGUGUUGUAAAUAGAAAGAAGUUGAAAUGAUGCGGAGUCAUCAUUGCAACCAGUGGUCACCACAUGUAUAUAGAAUUGUCGACAUAUCAUCUGUCCAAGCCAUACUCCGUCGCUCACACUGAUACAGGACCAAUUGUAGAGAUAUUUUAUGUCUCCCUGUUUGUAUCAGAGACUGUCCUCUCUACCAGCGAUAUCGCUGUGAGUAAUUAAAGGAGUCCAUACUGAGUGCCUUCGAACCAAUGGUAUGAGCGAAUCAACAAUUACACCAAACUACGACAUUGUAUGAGCCUCCACUGUCAACUUUUCAGUGUAGAAGAUCUGGAGUUGGCCGCACUUGUGAGUUGUGAUGUUCAUAUGUG